AUGUUUGGUCCUAUCAUUGAUGUACUUGAUGCUAUUGCUGUUAAUGCCCGUUUUGAAGAAAAGUGUAGGGCAAAGGGAUAUCUUAAAGCAUGUUUAACAUUUGAGGUUGUCUUCAUGUUGCACUUCAUGCACACUAUUUUAGCAAUCACAAAUGAGCUUAAUGCAGCUUUUCAAAAGAAAGAGCAAGACAUUGCAAAUGCCAUGCUACUUGUUGGAGUGGCAAAGGAGCGACUGCAAAAACUAAGAGAAAAAGGUUGGGAUUCACUUAUUGAUGAGGUAUCUAAAUUUUGUAUCAAGUAUGAUAUUUCGAUACCUAAAUUUGAUGAGUUUUAUGUUAUCCUUGGAAGAUCACGUCGGAGAGUUGCUGAGUAUACUGUUUUACAUCACUACCAAGUUGCAAUAUUUUAUAAAAUUAUUGAUUGGCAACAUCAAGAAUUCAAUAAUCGCUUUGAUGAGGAGACAACUGAUUUGCUUCUUGGAAUUGCUUGCUUGAGCCCAACUGACUCUUUUUCAAGCUUUAACAUUGAAAAAAUAUUGAGAUUAGCUGAGUUGUAUCCUGAUGAUUUUGAUAAACAUGCUAGGAUUGACCUUCGUUUUCAGCUUGAGAAUUAUAUUGUUGAUGUACGUGAUCCUGAUAAAAGGUUUUCCGAUCUUAAGGGACUUUGUGAUUUUUCCAAGAAACUAGUAGAGACAAAGAAGCAUGGAACUUAUCCUCUCGUGUUCCGACUAGUGAAAUUUGCUUUACUUUUGCCAGUUGCUACUGCUAUAGUUGAAAGAGCUUUCUCUGCGAUGAAGUUGAUUAAGAUUGACUUACGAAAUCAAAUGGAUGAUGAACUUUUGAGUGGUUGUUUGGUGCCUUAUAUAGAAAAAGAAGUAUUUAGUGCUAUUUCUAAUGAGGAUAUUAUGGAUACCUUUCAAAAGAUGAAAUCUCGUCGAGGAGAAUUGUAA